AUGUACAUCACCGACGGACGUUCCGAACCGAUUUUGUUGGCGAUUUUCUAUCUGAAAUCGCGUGGCGUCGAAUCGGCAUACGAGUGGAUCUAUAGCGGAGUUCAAGUGCUCGAGGGCUUGCUCAUUGUUGUUUGCGGCGGUUUUCUGGUAAGUGCUACUAGGUCACGCAAAAAAUAUUUCCUGUUUUUGCAGAUUUUCACAGUUUACAUGGCGUUAUACACGAAACUAUUCCACUUCAACAUCACCAUCAUCUUCUCGGUGUUCAUGCUGCACUGGUUCGAGUUGCUCGCCUCGAAACUGCUUCUAACUCCGUACCAGGAAGGAUUCGUGCCGCUCAACGUCUCCGAUCCCCGUCCCGGAUGCUUACUUCACUACACUUUCGACGAAGACGUCAUCCACGUCGCCGAUUUGAAGAGCGUCGUGCCGAUGCUGGUCGGCGCCGGCGCUCGGAUCCGCUACAUGCUGCUGGUGUGCUUCGCGUUGCCGUGCAUCGCAGUCGAACGAUGUUGUGCCACGUGGCAUGUCACGUGAGAUUGUCCUAACGUAUGGUGCAUCGGCGGCCUGUUUCAGAGAUUACGAGCAGAAAAAGCGUGGCUACAUUUCUGCGGCGCCCAUACUUUUGUCGGAAAUCUUGGCAACUCUGGGCGCCUGGGCUACCACCUAUCAGAUCGUUUCACCUCUUUUUCUGGCCGUCACCGCCGCACUCUUACAGACUUUUUCCUACGUGGUAGGCUUGACUGUUUCUAAAAUCGUAUUUUUCUCGAUUUCAGUGCUUCCGAUCGAUCGAAUCGUUCACAAAACGGUACGAGACAAAGUGUCAGAACAACGCAAGUUUCUACAGUCUUUCUGUCAAAUUUCAACUCACUGAAAACUUUCGAUCCCUCAAGGUUCGUCGAUACCGUCAACCCCCAUUGAAUAAGUAUAUUGUCAGGUAAUACACGUGGUCAUCGUCCACGUGGCAGUCAUGAUCAUUACGGUGGCGGUGACGAUCGUGCUCGCGUGGCUCAACCUCAUCUCCGCCGAACUCAUCGUGCUCGUUUUUGUCGGCAUCGAAAAGUUUAUGCAUGUGUGAGUUUUCCGUCUUCCGGACCAGAGAUGUUGGGAAUUCCGUGUUCCGUGUUCCGUGUUCCGCGUUUUUUUGCAAUAUUUUUUCCGUGUUCCGUGUUCCGUGUUCCGUAGAAAUGAGUUUUUUUCCGUUUUCCGUGUUCCGUGUUCCGUAUAAACUAUAUUUUCCGCGGAAAAAUUCGAUCACAAAUUUAUCUCCGGAAAGAUUAGGACAAUUGACGUUUUGUGGUCAAAAUUUGAAAAUUUUCGGAUUCGGACCAUAUUCGUGAAAAGUGGAUUCAAUUUUCAGUCGUUUUUUACUGUAGUUGUUUACUGUUGUGUUGUUGGUUUUGUUAUUUUUAUGAAAUUUGCAGUAAGACUUUCACAUGAGUCAAACAGCUGCCUUGUCAGUCAGAUAAUCGAAUUAAACAAAACAUUAUUUUAAAAAAAAUCACUGGAAUUCUCUUGAAAACGCUUUUUUCCGUGUUCCGUAAAAAAAAAAUUCCGUGUUCCGUGUUCCGUGUUCCGUAGAAAUAAGCUUUUUCCGUUUUCCGUGUUCCGUGUUCCGUAAAAAAAAAAAUGUUCCGUUUUCCGUGUUCCGUGUUCCGUAGAGUAAAAUGUUUAUUCCCAACAUCUCUGUUCCGGACACGGAAUUGGUAAAGUCUUGAGGAAGUUUGUUCGACUUGCAGCAAUCCGAUGUUCAUCUGCACGGCAGUGUUCUGUGUCCAGCCGCACUGGCUCACAAAGUUUAUUCGUCUGCUGCCGGGCCGUCACAACCGUACGCACGUGGCCGCAAAAUACUCGCAGGAGCACACGACGGGCCGCCGCCAUUUCUCGCCACGUCACUCGUUGGCCGAUCUUCAUUUCGAGCAGUUGAAAAAGUUGUGGUAG